AUGGUCGCCGGACAAGCCAUCAAGAACAAGGCUCGCCAGCUCUUCAUGAAGAACUGGUACUCGCCUGAGGUCAUUCCGAUCUACAUCAUCACUGGUCUCGCUGCCGGCGGUGCCACCUGGUACCUCACGCGCCUGGCUCGCGGCCCCGAUGUCAUCUGGGACCGCAAGAACAACCCGACCCCGUGGAACAACGUUGAGCCCGGCACCCAGACCAAGCUCAUGACUGUCAACCAAAAGUUCGACAAGCAGUACAGCCGCGACAGGCUCUAG